AUGCGUACAUUUGAUACACACAGAUCGUACAACAUCGUUGAUAAAAGUUUUGUGGGUGUAUAAUUUUAUCAAAUUUCCUCUUUAGCAAGCGAAAAUAAAAAAAGAGUGCCAGGUAUUCCAUAAGAUUGUGUUUGUUUUUGUGUAUUUUGGGAAAUUAUACUGAUGGAAUGGAAGUUGAUGAAUCUAAAGUGCGGGUGCCUUCAAUAUACUGGAUACCGAUUGUGCUGUGCAUAGCUAUGCUCUUCAUUGCCGAUGUCUUCCAAAUGCAGUAUUUUACGUUACAGUUCAGCAAACCCAUUUUCAGCAAUGUUUCGUUCGAUGACAGAGCCUUCACCAUAUACACACCAGGUUGCAAGAUACCAUACAUGGAUCCGUUUGACGCUCACAUAAAACCAUUUCUAGAAACACCGAAACCAGCAAAAUGCAACAAAGGAAAACCAGCUUUAUUUACGACUAACCUGACUGCUGUUUAUUUAGUUCAGUCUUCAUUGUCUUCUUACCAGUUGAAUGACACGACCAGUUUGAAUUGCUGCUAUGCCCCUUUCAGGAGGAGAGAACCGGGAAAAGGAGAAUCUGAUGAUAAGUUUAAGUUAGAACCUAAGUGUAAGUCUUUUAGCGAGAGUGCCAUUAUUACGGAUGAAUUUAUCCAAGUAACUUGUAGAGUCGACAAUACUACAAUAUACAAAGAUACUUUUGCUUUUGUACCGAUAAAAACUAACUUUACUACAAACGAUAUUACUCCUAAGCCAAUUAAUGUUCUCGUUAUAGGAUUAGACGCUGUAUCUAGAUUGAAUUUGCAUAGGCAAAUGCCCAAGACUGUCAAAUAUUUAAAAGAACAAAAGGCUGUAGAACUACUAGGAUACAAUAAAGUAGGUGACAAUACUUUUCCAAACUUGAUUCCAGUGCUGACUGGAUCGUACGAAAGUCAAUUGGUUAAGACCUGUUGGCCUAAAACCAGCGAACGAUUUGACAACUGCACGUUUAUCUGGAAUCGUUACAAAAAAGAGGGCUAUGCCACAUCAUUUGGAGAAGAUUCUUCAUGGAUGGGUCUCUUUAACUAUAUGAGGCGAGGCUUUCGAAAACAACCCACAGAUUAUGCCUACGGGUAUUUUAACAGGUAUAGCGAAAAUUUAAUAGGCAAUUCCCAUAACAUGAAUGUUUAUGAAUGUGAAGGUGCUCGACUUAUUUUUAAGGAUUUCCUUGAUUAUAUUAGCAGAUUCGUCACAACAAUGACUAGUAACAACAUACCUUAUUUUGGGUUCUUUUGGGGAGCUAGUCUCUCACACGAUUAUCUCAACAAACCCAAAUUAGGCGACCAGUAUUAUUAUUCCUUCUUUAAAGAUUUGAAAGACCGAGGAUACUUAAAUAACACAGCCGUAUUCUUUAUAAGUGAUCAUGGAAUAAGGUGGGGAUCAAUUAGGCAAACUUUCCAAGGAAGAAUGGAAGAACGGCUACCGUUUGUGCACGCGCUCAUACCUGAGUCUUUCCAGAAAAGGUAUCCUACAGCUUUUAAGAAUCUACAACAGAAUUCAAAAAGACUGACUACUCCAUUUGACUUACACGACACAUUUUUAGACUUACUUGAACCUUCUAAGCGACUAUCGCUGCAAUCGAACAAAUCAAGCAGAGCAGUAAGCCUUUUCAAACCGAUUAGUAAGGAAAGAACUUGCAAAGAUGCAGAGAUCGCUAGCCACUGGUGUACUUGCCAGCAAAGUACGGAGGUGAAUACCAACGACACCAUGGUUGAGAAAGUAGCCCAAGCAGCGGUACUUCACAUCAACAAGCUGCUCGAAGGCUACGCCCAGUGCGCCAAGCUAGUCUUGGAUGAUGUUCUAAACUCGAGGGUGAUGACGCACUCUUCUGAGAUCAAAGGCUCGAAUAUGAUGAAGGAUUAUUUGAUUACCAUCAGAACUUUGCCCGGUGAAGCGGUGUUUGAAGUCACUGUCAGGUAUACAGAGAAGACAAAGACGUUUGAAGUUAUAGGGACCAUCAGUAGGUUGAAUCUCUACGGAAAGCAGAGUGCUUGCAUUACUGACUUUCAUUUGAAGCUUUACUGCUACUGCAGAAAUAUGCUGUGAUAAUUAGGUUUUUGUUAGAUUUAUAAAUGAAUUUUUAUAUGUUAAAGAUCUCUUAGAAAUAGGGUUCUAAAACUGUUGACUUGUUGCAUGUUUGAGUUAAAUGUUAUGUUUCUAUAGGAUUAGCCACAGUUAUUUUGUAUAUAUGUUACAGUUCAAGUUGAUUAUCCAGUUGGAGUUGACUCCAACUAGUUGGAGUCAACUCUAACGGCUGGUUUCAGUAAAAGUUGAUUAUAAAUAUAAAAUGAAGAUUUAUAUUCAACAUUUACUAGUAAAAGUAGACUCCAACUAGGAAAAGUAUACUCUUCCCAAUGCCAUUUAGUAAAAGUUGAUUCUGAUUCACACAAACAGCCGAUUCUAGAAAUUAAAUGUUACUGAAUAUGUUCCAAUUAGUCUAGGCUGUAUCGUCGCCCCCGUUAGGUAAAUUACUCCGAUUCGAAUUUUUUGCACAAACUUACUCAAAAAGAGGUCCUUAUAAAAAAAUCUACUGGGUGCCAGGCAGUACCUUGAUCGAUAAAUUGUUUAAACAAUUUUUUUAGACAAAUUCACAAAAAUAAUUUUUUCACUUCGGACAAUUUUUUUUAGAUCAUUUGGGUUAUUCUGAGCAAAAUAAAUAAAAAGUAUUUUGUGAUUUUUCUCUAAAAUUGAUUGUUGUCGAGUUAUACGCGAUUUAAAAUUUGAAAAAUGCGAAAAUAGCCAUUUUCAAGGAUUAAUAACUCGGUUAAAAUCCAUUAUUAUGAAAGUCAGAAAGUGACCAAAUCAAAGUUUAUAGCCCCCUCUACAAGAUCCAGCAGAAAUUUUUGUCACUAUUUUAUUACUAAGCUUUAUCUUUAAUUAUUAACAAUGAGCGCUAAGUGCGUAUUAGGCGGCCGUCAAUGGUGAGUGCUACAGAGAUGCACUAUUCCAGCCGUCCAAUGGUGAAUCUCACUCGCACUCACAUUGACGGCCGCCUCAAUACACGGUUAGCGCUCAUUGUUGAUAAUUAAAAAUAAUAUCUUAUUAAUGAAAUAAUGACAAAAAUUUCUUCAGGAUCUUAUAGAGGUAGCUUUAAUCUUUGAUUUUUUUUAGUUUCUGACUUUCAUAAUAUAUAAUAUCGUCUGGCAUUUUUGCCUUUCGGACAGUUCUGGCGCCAAUUACAUCUUUAACCCUGUUUCAAGUAACUAGUGUCGAUGUACACUAGCCCAGGGGGACCGACGGCUUAACGUGCUCUCCGAGGCACGGUGAGACGGCUCGUGUCAUUAUUGAAAAUGAAAAUGGUUUGUCUUUAGCAGGGCUCGAACCCACGUGCACUGGCGUAUGAGGCCAGCGAUUAUGCCGUUACACCACGGCCGCUCGCUCGACUUUCACAAUAAUUAUCUUUAACCGAGUUAUUAAACCUUGAAAAUGGUUAUUUUGGCGUUUUUCAAAUUUUAAGUCGCUAAUAACUCGACAACAGUCAAUUUUAGAGAAAAAAAGGCCCAACCGAUCUAAAAAAAAAAUUUGUACGAAGUGAAAAAAUUAUAUAUUUUUGUGAAUUUGUUUAAAAUCAUUGUUUAUCGCCAAACUUCACUAAAAUCAUUCAUUAUUGUACUCAUUUGCCCUCAUUUUCGGCAGUAAAGUAAUACUUUGUUGUAUUGAAAGAAGAAUGUUACUUUACCUGCCGCGAUAAUUAAUCAAAUUACCCGAGAUUGAAUGUAAGUGGUCAAUGGCAGCAAUCGAUUAUUUAUUUGAGUUAAAUUAAAAUUUAUUUACUUUAAUUAUUAAAAAUAUUGUACAAAAUUUUUCUUAUUAAUAAAAUUUAUGUCAAAAAGUAAAAUUCUGUAGUGUUUCGCAAUUAUAUUAAUACAAAAUAAAUCAAAUCUUUACAGAUUUAGUAAUUCGGUAGGUAUACAAUAUUGAUAACUAUCGAUUAAACAUCAAAACCGGCCAUCAUGCAAAAGGCAUCUGUCAUUACUGUCAUUACUGUCAUACGAAUUUUUUAUUUCGUCUAUAAUUAAAAAAAUUUCCUCAAAGUUGUAAGUAAGUGUUAAUGUUUUUUAUGAUUGACGAUACAAUUUUGUACGCACCACCUCAAUACUCUUCAUCGAACGCGUCUGUUCCUCUGCUCGUAAUAUCAGACUCGUUCGAUAAAGAGUCACUUUACUGACUGACUUUACUGAAAUUGGUUAAACAAUUUUUCGACCGCGGUACCGCGUGACACCCUGUGUAUUUGUUAUAAGGAUUGUUAUACGGAUGUAUUUCUUUGAGUAAGUUUGUGCAAAAAAUCGAAUCAGAAUAAUUUACCUAACGGGGGCGACGUUACAGACUAUACUAAUAAGUAGUUGAAACGAUCAAAACAAAGAAACGCUCACUCAUCAAAAAUGCACUUGAGAUUCUCGUAUAAUCAACAUUUACUGAAUCGAUCCAGGAAGAGUCAACUCCAACUAGUAAAAGUUGAUUUAAAUUUUUAAAAUCAACUUUUACUGCCCGUUUCAGUUGGAGUUGACUCCAACUAGUUGGAGUCAACUUUAACUGAGAAUCAACUUGAACUGUAACAUAUGUAAUGUUCUUGAACUCCAAGUGGAGCAUAGAGCUUCAGUGAAAACGCGCCAUCGGGUUCUAUUUUGAACUAAGGCCUUCACCUCAUUCCAAGACUUUCCUUGACCUCUUGUCUCGUCCAUGAUGGAUCUUCUCCAAGUUUGUGCUGGGCGACCUCUUUUUCUUUUCCCUUGGGGAUUCCACUCUAGGGUAGUCUUUGCAAUACUGGAUCUAUUUUUUCGGAGUGUGUGACUAUCCAACCCCAUUUUCUGGAUUUUAUUUCAUUUUCUACCCGCUUUUGUUGGGUCAGGUGUAGUAGAUCUUCGUUUCCGAUGAUGUUUGGCUAGAAAAUACGAACAAUUCUUCAUAGACGUUUGCUAACAAAGACCUACAGUUAGUCUGUAAGGGUUUUUGUCACAUUCCAGGUUUCACUUCCAUAGAGUAGAACAGAAAUGACGUUUGACUGAAAAAUUCAGAUUUUUGUCCUUGUAGAAUACUCGCCAAACCUCCAAACAGGGUUGAGCAUGCUGUAUGCUUGUUGAGCUUUUCGUAUCCUCAUACAAAUAUCGUCUUCUGUACCUCCGUAUGAUACUUCCAAGAUACGUAAAGUUUUCCACAUUUUCAAUCUGCAUGUUGUCGAUAGCAAAUAACGUUUCGUUCAUUGCAUUUAUUAUAUGCAGAUAUUGUAUCCCUGCAGAGUAUUAUAUGUAGCUAUUGUAUUGUAUGCAGAUGUUAUAGACGGAAAGCUAGAGCCGAAAAAUCAUCGUCAUAAGUAAUAUGGAGUUUUUCCUGUGAAAUGUGUCCAUUGUAUAUUGACAAUUAUGACCCCUUUCAGGCUGACACCUCAGUGGAUACAGGAAGUAGCAAUAAGGGAUGAAAGGGGAGAGUUAGUGCAGUCAUUAAAGGUUUUCACCUCCUAUUUUGUUAAACAUCCAUCGAUUUGCAUGAAAAUUGGUGAGUAGUUAGAGCAUACCUCAAGAAACAAAACUGAUUUGGUGCCAACUUGCACUUUUACCCUGGUGGUGAAUACCACCCCUUCCCGCGGGUGAAAACUAUUUUAUUAAAAAUAACCUCGAUAGAGGGACAAAUUUUAAGUAAAAUUUGUUAUAUCAUGUUAUUAAAAUAAAUCAAUACUUUUUGAGUUAUUAAACAUCAAAGAUUUGUCUAUUUAAGAGCAUAUGCGUGAAGUUACGGAUGAUAAGAUGAACAUAUUAAUUAAUAGGGAACUUGCACAUUUUUUUAUUAGAUAAUAAUGUUCAGUUUUGUUUAAAAAUGAGAUUUCCAAAAUUUCACGCUUCAAAAAUUCGUAAUAACUUAGAAAUACAUAUUUAAAGUCUUCUGCGGUAUAAAAUAGUUCAAACGGCCCGUGGCGUCACAUACAUUUGCAUUAGUUUUGAUUAUGGUUAUAUUUCGCUGUGUCUAGGUACACGCUAACGUGUACGAAAAUAAAAAAAGUUAGGUAGACGCGAAUUAAACUUUAUCAAGCCAGUGACAUCAUUAUUUAGCUUGCGCAGUGACUAUAUAUUUUGGUACAUGCUAUUAUUUUGAUAUGUUUAGUGUUUGUUUAAUAGAAAAAUAUUUGUUAAGGGAAGGGAAGCAGAACUAUUCAGAUGUUUCAAACUUAAUUGUAAUAAAUCAAUGUAUAUAAAUAUAAAAGUAUAUAUUUAGGUUAGCAAAAUAAUUAUAUGUAUUUAGUUGACAUGACAUGUAAGUACAAAAUAUUGUUAAAAUAAUUUUUAUACGUAAGUGAAUUAUUAUAAUCAACUAUUCUAAAUACAAAAUAAGCCACAAUUUAACUAAAAAAAUUAUUUUAUUAACGUUUCGACGUCCAAAUCGGAUGGCAUUGUCAAAAUUCAAAAAUUAGUCAGAUUAAAUAAAUUAUUAGAAAAAAUUUUUUUACUAUGCAACAACAUUUUUGUUUAAUUUAAUAAUAUUUUGUAUUUUGACAACGACAUCCGGUUUAGACGUCGAAACGUUAAUAAAAUCAAUUUUUUAGUUAAAUUGUGGCUUAGUUCCCAUUAAGAAUAGUUGAUUACAAAAAUGCCACAAAGAUAAUAGCUUCAGAACAAGUUAAUUAUUAUUGUGAAAGCUUUAGGUCUUCCUUUUAUUUUAAUCUUGGACGGUAAUACUAUUUCAUUUACAACUAAAAAAAUAUAUAUUAAUUUAUAGUCUCUUAUCUUUUUCGUACUGUUUUAAAAUGUUCUUAAACCCAUUAAAAGAACUAAAUAAUUUUCCACACUCGAUAGUUAAUUUAAAAUCAAACACUAAACAAAUAAAAAAUAAGCAAUCACUGACACUCUAACUUUUUUAUUUGCGUACACGUUAGCGUAUACCUAGACACAACCUAAUAUUUAGGUAUAUUCUUCUUCUCCUUCUUUAGUUUAUUGGCCUCCACCUACUUGGGUAUUUGGGCCAGCUCAUCGUCGUGGAAUAAGUCAAAAAUAUUUAUAUUCUAAUGACAUUUAUCGUAUGUCAUUGUAAUAAUAUAUACCAGUUUGUUAAAAUUGGAGUUUUAUACUGUUUUUGAAGGAAAGGAACGAAGGUUUACUAUUUAAAAUAAAACCAUUUUGUAAAAGUAGAAAUUUUCUAUGAAUAGUUCAAACGAUCAAAAACACUUGUAACGUCACAUAAAUGUAUUUUCUACUGACGUUUAUAACGUCUAAUUUAAAAUUCUGUUUACUUUAUUGGAAAAAUGUAAACGUAAAACCAAGUGACUUCACGACGCGUUUUGGACCACUUGUUUUAAUUUGAAUUUUUAAUCGUCUUUAGGGGCCAAACGAAAGACAAACAAAACUUUUCUAUCUUUGAUACAUGUUUUAAAUUAUGUUCUGUUGUGAUUUAUAACAUUUUUUUCGAAUUUAAAAAUUUAUGCAAGUUCCCUAUUGUAUGUUAGUAAAAUAUUAUUUUUAUAUUAUUUCGAUAUUUAAUUGAAUUUUUCUAUCAAUAUAAACUGAAUAUGUCCAGAAACUGGGGGUGUCCAAUAAUGGGUACAUUUGACAUAUUCGAAUACGCUUUUGCUAAAUUUAUAAUAUCGAAAUAAUAUAAAAAUAAUAUUUUAGUAACAUACAAUUAAUUAAUAUGUUCUUUUUAUCAUCCGUAACUUCACGUAUGUGCUCUUAAACAGACAAAUCUUUGAUCUUUAAUAACUCAAAAAGUAUUGAUUUAUUUUAAUAACAUGAUAUAAUAAAUUUUACUUAUAAUUUGUCCCUCUAUCGAUUUGUGGGGUUAUUUUUAAUAAAAUAGUUUUCACCCCAGAGAAGGGGUGGUAUCAACCCCCAGGAUAAAAGUGCAAGUUGGCACCAAAUCAUUUUUAUUUCUUGGGGUAUGCUCUAACUACUCACCAAUUUUCGUUCAAAUCGAUGGAUGUUUAACAAAAUAGGAGGUGAAAACCCUUAAAGACUACACUAACUUUCCCCUUUCAUCCCUUAUUGCUACUUCCUGUAUCCACUGAGCUGUCAGCCUGAAAGAGGUAAUAAUUAUCAAUACCCAAUGGACACAUUUCACAUGCCAAACUCCAUAUUACUUAUGACGAUGAUUUUUCGGCUCUAGCUCUUAGACUAUUAUCCCUAUAAAAUAUGUAAUUGUCCUUAUUAACUGUAGUUAAUCCCAUAUAAACAUAACAUCUAUCUCUUAGAAAUGUUAUAGCGAAGAUUUUAACGAAUGGGUUUUAACGUAGGUUUGAAUGGGGUUGAGCGGGGGAAGAUAAUUACUAGAAAUGAGCAAUAGCUUGGUUCGGGAGCAGAAGUAACUACAUAUAAAAUUAAAUGUACAGAAGAAUUCAAAUCGAGUGGAGGAAAAUUUCAAAAAAAUCCAUUUUUGGAUCCGUUUAGAAAAUAAAAUGAAUGUAUUGCAUGUACGUACAACUUGGCAAAUUUGACUUUGUCUCUGAGAUGCGCAAACAAAGAACGGAGAGAGUGACAUGAGUGAGUUAGAUAGCAGAAAGGGAUCUAAACGUCGCAUAAUUUUAGAUAUUCAAAUAUUUUAAAAAAAUUAUGAGAAUUGGUUUAGUUCUAAACAGAUGUUGUUUUAAGAAUUUUAUAAGAGAUUUUUAUUUACAUCUUUUGAUACAAAGUGAAAUUCGUUUAAUAUAUAAAUAGACCAGGCCUAAUCUGUAAAAAACGUGUAUUUUUGGAUGUGAGAGUUGGCAUUCGGAUUUUUGCAGAUAAAAUUAGGUGACACCUUCAGAAUAAUAAUUGCUCCUUCUCAAAUAUGCCCGGAACAUUAAUAAAAAAAUUAAGAUAUUUAAAAAUUUCGAGAAACAUCGAUUUUUUUCUGCUUUCUUUGCUUAUAACUUUAAAACGGUUCGUUUUGGAACAAAGUCGUAGAGAAAUAAAAUAAAGAUAAUUGAAUUUUGUAUAAUAUACGACUGGUCAAAAAUAUUUUAAGAUAUUACCUUUUCUGCAAUAUAGCAAUAAAUACAAAAUAAGGGGGCAAAAUACGCCUGUUGUUAUUCAAUGUUUGUUAACCACUUUGGUGGCACUUAGAACCUUAGUAAUUCGCUUAUAAAAUUCUUAUAACUUAAUUAAAUGGUCUACCAAAUUUCAUUAAAAUUGACCUAAUAGUUUUUGCAUAAUAAAUUUGCAAUGUAAAUGUUUUUAAAAAACUUCAAAUUUUUUUAAAUCUCUCUGAACAAAAAGGAGACCAUUUAGAAGUUGGCUAAUUUUUUACAUAUAAAGAGGUGCUCUACCUAUCUAAUACACUUUACAGAAUCGCAUUAUUUAAGGGGCCUCAUCAAUGUUUUAAAAUUAUUAACAAUUUUUUGGCUUAUAAACAAAUAGCUUUGUUUAAUAAUAAAAAAAUUAAUUUUUAGCAAUGCAAAUAAUUAAAACCGGUAUAAUUUGACUUAAACUUUCAAAUGCUGUCGGCAGAAUUGCUAUUUUAUUUUUUAAUCAAAAGUUGUUCUCGUUCAAAAAUUGCAAUUUUUCGAUUUUUUGAAUGUUGCACCGCGUUUAUCUCGAAAAAUAUGCAUCCUACGAAAAAACUUAUAGAACAUUUUUUUGCUUAGAAUUACCCAAGAAACACAAGAAAAUGUUUUAUUUUGCGAAAAGUCGAUUUUAUGUAAUUCCUCAAGUUCUUUGUUUAUAACAAUCUUAUUGACAUCCGGAUCAACUGUUACCCAAAAAAUUCGUUCUACGGGUCAAAAUACAUAAAAAAAACUUGGGUAAGUCCAUCUAAAUAAAGGAGCCCGUAGCACCCCCUCCUGGACACAGCACUAAUUUGUUUAUAAGCCAUCCGAUUUCAAUUCUGUAAAGUGCAUUAGAUAGGUGGAGUGCUUCUUUAUGUGUAAAAAAAUUGACAAAUCUUUGUAUGUGUUAGUUUUUGUUGUGCUAGAUUUAAAAAAAAAUUAAUCUAAAAAAAAAAGUUCUUCUUCUUCUUCUUCUUCUUCUUCUUCUUCUUCUUCUUUUAUAUAGGCAGUACUGCCUGUUUUUUUUCAACGGUGCCUUUCAUUCUGCCCCUAAGUUGUCAUUCCAUCUUUUCCUUGGGCGUCCUAUACUUCUCCUGCCUAACGGUGACUUCUCUCUGGCUAUUCUUACUAUCCUUGAUUCAGACAUCCUGCUUAUGUGUUCAUUCCACUCUUCUUUUCUGUUCUUUACCCAGGUAUUUAUAUUGUCUGAUAUGUCCACAUAUGCGUCUGAUUUUCUCACUUCUUACCCUAUCCUGUAGUCCUUUUCCAGCAAUCCUUCUUAAGAUCUUCAUUUCGUUGGUUUCCAGAUGUCUUCGUGUUUUGCUUGUAUCUGGUCUUGUUUCGGCCGUGUAAGUCAUAACUGGCCUAAUAACUGACUUAUAUAUUCGGGCCUUUGUUUCCAAUCUUAGGUGUUUGUUUUUCCAAAUUGUGUCGUUUAGGCAUCUGGCCGUUCUACUGGCUUUAAUUAUUUGGUCGUUUACCUCUUCUUCGAUAUUGUUGUCGGCUGAUAGAUUAAUUCCGACAUAUUUGAAAGUCAUUAGUCAUUACUUGUUGUAUAAUUUGAUUGUCUAACUCCAAUUUACAUCUUAUUGGUUCUUUGGCAAUUACUAAGCUUUUUGUUUUUUGGGCUGAUAUAUUUAUAUUCAUUUCUUUUGCGUUAAUGUUGAAUUCGUGCAAUAAUCUUUGUAGGUCGUCUUCGCACUCUGCUACUAACACGGUGUCAUCAGCGUAACAUUAUCUCUCUAUUGCCCAUUUUGUACCCUCUUUUUUUCUUCACUUGUUUUAUUAUUGCAUCCAAUAUUAUGUUAAACAGUAGAGGGCUUAGUGAAUCUCCUUACCUGAUUCCUGUGUUUGUUUCUAUGGGUUCUGUUAUUAUUCCAUUGACUUUCAUUUCUAUUUUAUUUCUUACAUAUAUGUUUUCUAUCAGUUUUAUGAUAUCCAGUGGUAAAUUUUUCUCAUAUAGUAGGUGUAUCACAUCUUUUAAUUGAAUUCUCUCAAACGCUUUCUCUAGGUCUAUGAAACAGAAAAAGGCUGGUUUGUUAUAUUCUAAUGAUUUCUCAUAAUAGUGUAAUGUAGUUUAGAUUGCAAAAUUAUUAUGCAAAAUCUAGUAAGUCAAUUUUAAUGAAAUUUGGUGGACAGUUUUAGCAAAUUACAAAAAUUUUCUAAGCGAAUUAGGAAGGUUCCAAGUGUAACCUAAGUAAUAGAAAAACAUUGAAUAAGGACAGGCUUGUUUUGCCCCCUUAUUUUAUAUUUAUUGCUAUCUUGCAGCAAGAGUGUUAAAUUAAGACAUUUUUAACCAAUCAUAUCUGAUAGAAAAUUUAAUUAUCUUUGUUUUAUUCCAAUACGACUUUGUUCCAAAAUGAAUCGUUUUAAAGUUAUAAGCAAGGAAAGUAGAAAAAAACGAAAUUUUUUGAAAUUUUUAAAUAUUUGAUGUUUUUUAUUAAUGUUCCGGUCAUUUUUGAGAAGGAGCAUAAGUCAAUUAUUAUUAACGAAGUUAUCACCUAACUUUAUCCGCAAAAAUCCGAAUGCCACCUCUCACAUCCACCUAAAAACCGAUCCUUCCUGGUCUAAAACAGUCAGUAUUAAUUAUAUUUAUAAGAUACACAGUGUUUGGUGAAUGUUGUUUUUCUAUUCCUCCAUGUUUUCUCCUUCGUAAAGAUGUAGUGGCGUAGUUUAAUUCUUUUUUCUGUUGUAUUGUCUGCAUCGUUUUUAGGAAACAGUAUUUCCCAAUAUAAGACCCAGGCAGGACACCUUUCGAAGAAGAAGACGACCACCAACAAGAUGACCUGAAGCGGAUAUGUCAAAAUUGAAUGCAAGCGGCUCAGGACAGGAAUUUGUAGGGUGAAAUACGGGAGGCCUACGUUCAGCAGUGGACAAGUAUAGGCUGAAUUUUGAUGAUGAUGAUGAUUUCCCAAUAUUGCUUUGACACCGCUGCGAUACCUUUGAUGAUCUAUGUCUACGAUUUACUAGAUAUUAGCAAACACCAUCAUCAUCAGUGGAGUCACAACUCUUUAUGAGCCAAAGAUUUCUCCAGAACAAUCCUCCAUUUGCCGUUGCCCCUGUCUCUGGCAACUCUUCUCCAUGCUCUAAUUCCAAUAGUUUUUAAAUCAUUUUCUAAGUUGUCUUCGUACCUAAGUCUCGGUCUUCCUCUUGCUCGUUGUCCUAUCGGCCCUCUUCAUUUCGCUUAUUCCCCGUUAGAGGGCGUUCUAUCCAUACUGCGAUAUAAAUUAUUUUAAUUUAUAUCGACAAUCUACGCUCGGAAUGGUAAAAAUCUGUCUUCGUUAGAGCCUUCUUCACAGCAUAAUAAACGAAACCAGCAAGGACACUCCCUGAUGCCGCCUUUGAAGUUGAAAAGUAUAGGGUCGCCAUUUUUCGCGUAGUACAUCUCAGUGGUGAUGUGAUGUGUUGGUUCAUCAGUGUUGCCGAUGUCACCAACUUUAUUACCCGUAAGAGAUUCUUUUUGAAUAAUUUCUGGAAUUUAUGCAAAAGAUUAACAAUACAAUCGCCAUUCAUCGUCAAUAUUUUGUGUUAUGUCCCAAUUAUUGACAUAAUUCCCACAGGCAUAUGUAUAAAAUUAUGUUAAAAAAUAUGAAUGUCAUAAAAGUUGAGUAAAUCUGAUAAUUAUGUACAAAUCGGCAACACUGUCGAUUUUCUACAUUGUCUGGAACUUUUCCCGCCUACUAGUGUGUCACUGCUGUUGCGUUUUCUAUGCUGUGCCUUCUUGACAACAGGUAGACCUAGAAAUAGUGCUAUCGGGGGAUGGAGGAAGACAGAUUUUAAUCAAAACGAAACCGUAGAUUUUCUUAUUUUGUUAAUGCCAUACUUUGCAUAGAGUACAAAGACUCGUUUCAUAUGGGCUCUCUGAACCGCAAAGUGGAAUGUUUUCCUGGCGGUGCCUUUUGGUAUGUUAUACCUGGGUUAAGCAGAGAGCUUGAAUUGAGUCGAAAUUCAUUUCAAAAACUUUUCUGACUAUAACAUCUUCUUGUUGUCUGGUUAUAUGCCCUAUCCAUCUAAGGCGUGCUACCUUAAUGAAUUUUACAACGUCAGGGUCUCCAAAACUUCUAUACAACUCAAAGUUGUAACGCCUGCGCCAUAAACUUUGUUCUUUUAUCCCUCCAUAUAAUGCUUCUUGGAAUUUUUCGCUCGAAACGUUUGAGUAGUUCUUGGUCAUUCUGUGUAGGUACCUAACCAAGUUUCUGAACCAUAUGUUAACACUGGUCUUAUUAGUAUUUUAUAAACAGUCUAUUAAAUUUUUGUAGGUAGUUUUGAAGUCAUGUGUCUUCUUAAGCCAUAAUAACAAUUGACUAACACACUUUGUAUAAUAAAUAUGAUUCUUUUGAAAUGUCAUUUCACUGCUCGAUUUGAAUUUUAAGGUAAUCCAUGUUUUACCCCAACAUGGAUUACUUUCAACUAAGAUAAACAUGGGUGAUAUGUAUUUAAAUAAUGGCAUGAUGCAAAAAGGAACAAAAAAAGCUUUACAGAAAUUUUUUGAGAAUGAAAUGUACACCGAAGGGAUAAUAAAGUAGGAUAAUUGAAACGAUUAUUACAUUUACUUAUAUUGGUGUUCAGUAUCACUAGAUUUUUAGUACUUAACUUACCUACUGUGCAAUUUUUAUCUGAUGAAUUUUUCAAAGAAUAUUUAUUAUUGUUAGUAUUUUUUAGUGGUAGUUGAAACAAACGCUUAUACAUUCUACGCCACUGACGGAAUUGCUACUUUAGUGCAAUUUUUGGAUUCUCCAGUACUUUAUAUAUAAAUAAUAUCCUCUUCAUUCAUAACGAUAAAGUCAUUAAUUUUCGAUAUAUUUGAAGUUAAAAAUGAAACGGUACAUUUAUUUUGAUUAAUGUAUUCUCCUUCGUUUUUAACUCCAAAUAUCUCUACAACUAAUGAUUUUAUCGUUACCAAUGAAGAGUGUAUUUAAAUUGAAAGUAUUGGAGAAUCUUCUAUAUGGAGAAAGUAUUGAAAAAUUAUGCUAAAAUAGCAGUUCCGCCAGUGGCGUAGAAAUUAGGAAGAGUCAACUAUUUACUUUCCCCUGUCGUACGCCUUUGAUAGUAGCCAGAAACGAUUAUAACAUAAUUUAGUAGGGUCUACAGUACCUACACUUUCUGACAAGUAUGACACGGACAUGCCAAAUAGUGUUGAAGUAUUAUUUUUUUUAUAUAAUUUAUUCUUUAUUUAAAACUUUAAGAACUAUUUGUACCCGGUACUUUAAAACUUUUAGACAUAUCCUUAUCAUACUUAACAGAAAGUGUAGGUACUGUACACCCUAUUAAAUUAUGUUAAAUAGUUGUUUCUGGAUACUACCAGAGGCGUACGACACGGGAUAGUGAAUGGUUAACCAUUCCCAAAUUCUACGCCACUGACGGAACUGCUACUUUAGCCUUAUUUUUAGAUUCUCCAAUACUUUCUAUGUAAAUAAUAUACUCUUCAUUCGUAACGAUAAAAUCAUUAGUUUUAAAGAUAUUUGAAGUUAAAACGAAGGCGGAUAAUGUAUUAAUCAAAAUAACUGUGCCGUUUCACUUUUAACUUUAAAUCUAAUGACUUUAUCGUUACGAAUGAAGAGUAUAUUAUUUACAUAGAAAGUAUUGGAGAAUCGAAAAUUUGCACCAAAAUAGCAAUUCCGCCAGUGGCGUGGACAUUUAGGUAUUUGCGCUGAAGUCGGUUGUGGACAUGUCGGGUUUUGCAUUUAGAGCUUGUUUUCUGAAUAUUUCAUGUAAGAUUUCGACUUUUAUAUUAAAACUAUACAGCAACUGGUAGCCCUUUAGAUUACGAGUACAAUAACUUGUCGGGUUUUGCAUUUAGACGCCUGAAAUAUAUUAUUUUUUGUACCAAUAAAUUUAAUCCAGUAGGAAUAAUAUUAUUGAAAUUUGUAAUAUUAACAUACAAAUUUUUAUGGACUUGUAUAGGUAUCUUCCUUUUAUAAGUAUUAGAUUGUAUAUUUUGUAUUUUUUUAUACAUUUACUCUUUAACCUAUAAUAUUUAUAGUAAUUUUAGUAGACAAGUGACAGUUAUAAUCUCGUUUUAACUAUAGCCAUAGACAUAUAAUAUUAUCUAGACUACGCGCUGUAAUAUAAAACUGUUCCUCCAGUGCGACAGAGAAAAGUGUUUUUAUUUAGGGUAGGCAUAUCUUUCUAAUCGACGGGGUUUUGCCAAUAGCGUUAGGUUUAUCGACCACGUGGCUUUCCCACUGCCGUCGAUUUGAUAAAUACCGCCGAUUAGAAAGAGAUGCCUACCUUAAAUACGAACACUUUUCUCUGUCACACUGGUGGAACAGUUUUAGUUUACAGCGUGCAGUGUGCAGUCUAGGUAUUACAUGUCUAUGGUUAUAACAGUGUUAAUUUACAAAGAACCCUGAUUUUGUAGGUAUUGUCUACAAACUGAGGAACUAAAUGUAAAAUAUAGUUAAAUGCACGUAA